CGACAAUGGUGGGAAAAAUAUUGCGCCAACUUUGACGCAACUUCCAGGUUAUGGGUUUUGUAAAUAAAGUAAUGAUGAUAGCGAAAACUAAAGCUUGAAAUCAAUAACUGAUUGUGAUACACAAUGACAAAGAAUAGCCAUGGUUUGCGGCAGUUUCAUCUGCGAAGGAUUGGACCAGCUGCCUCCAAAUCAGGGGUUGCUGAUGUUAUGGACUUUAACAAAGUCACAUGCAUUAUUGGGCGAAGUGUGGACAAGGUCGACUAUGUGAUAGACUCUAGCAGUUACAUACAGAGUGCCUGCCUAUCUCGCUGUCAUGCCAGGGUGGUGAGGCAGGAAGGGAACCAGCAUACACUGUAUGAUGACAGCCUCAAUGGAGUGUUCAUCAACAACAUCAAGAUAUCAGGAUUCUGUGUGUUGCGGGAGGGUGAUAGGGUAACGUUUGGCCAUCCUACGGGGGUGAGGCUGCCCUCUGGGAUGAGGGUGCGUCAGCCAGAUUCCGAACACCAGUUCAUGUUUGAGGCAUGUUGCUGUGUACAAACUGACCAGUCUGAUCCAGCACAUGAAGACUCAACCUUGCAGCAGGCACAUUCAUCUCAGGAAGGUACAUUCAAGAAGCCCGUCAAUCCAGCUGAGAACAAGGUGUGUCCAUCAGCAAGAGAAUGGCGAACAACAAGACAUGCUACCAAGACCUUCACACCAGAGGAUGUCAGAAAACUGAAAUGCUCAUGGGAAGAAAAACAGGAAACUGAAAGAAGUCAUAAAAGAUCUGCCAAUGAAAGUCCUGAUGAUAAAGCUUGUGGGAGACUGGGUAAUGUUGAAUGUGUCGAGAAUGGAGCAACUGCAGUUGAUGCUGUAUGUGUUAAUACAGAGCAUAUCGACACGGCUACUGGUAAUCAAGAAAAUGUAGAAACUGAUCUUAAUGAAGCUGCUGCUCCUAACAACAGAGUGGAGAAUCCGAGUGAAACUGGAGCAGUUGCAAUCAUAAAUGUGCCAAAAAACUGUAAUGUGAUGGUUGAAAGCAAUAAUGAUGACUUGCCAUUCCAAGAAAAUGAGAAGGUAAGGAGUGAGCGAGGUACAACGCAAGUGUUAGAAGACAAACAUGCUGAGAGUAGUGAUAUUGAAGGUGCCUUUAACUCUAUAAUGAAAGAAAUAAGUGCAAUAAAGGAUGCAGUCUCUGGAAGUGAUUCAUCAUUUUCUGUUACACCUACAAACAGUCCAGUAGCAAACAAAAGCAAGUUAAAGUCUCCAACAAAAGAGGUUUCAAUUCAAACAUCACAAUCAGUCAUGGUUCAGUUUGUGUCUCCUUCAAAAGAUGCUUGCAUUCAAACUAGUCAACCAUUCUUAGGUAAUAUUGGAGUACAAGUAUUAGCUGAUGAAACCAAUUAUAAAUUUUCUGAAUCAGAAAAUCCCCUUGGUGUUUGCACUGCAGAAUUUGAUGAUAAUGAACAGUCUGGGUUUAAAAUGACAGUUACAACAGAAAUGCAUAACAUUUCAGUUGGUACUGAAAACAGUAACUUGAAAGAAUCUGAUGGCAAGGCUGUAGUAGAUAAAGAAUAUGCCUUUGCUAAUGAAAAGGUCCCACUUUCUGAUUGCCUUGAAGAACAUGUUAAAAGCAUGUCUGAAGGUGAAAAGACAGAUGCUUCAGAAACUGAUGACACUUUCUAUACAUGUGUUGAGUCUGACCCAGAUAUGGCCAACUUGGAGCAAAUAGUUGAUGGAGAGGUAGAUGAUGAUAGUUCUGAGAAGGAAGUGAUAGAAAUGUCUGAAAAUACACAUGUGGAACCCACGGUUUUUAAAGAUGAAAACAAGGAAAGAGAAGCAGGUGGUCCUUGUAAAUCAAAAGAUGAAGAAGUCUGCAAUUCUGAGACAGGUGUGUCAUUGAAAUUUACAAAAGAUACUUCAGGUGGUCCAACUGAAAACAGGGUGAAGAGAAAUGAAAAUGAAUCUACUGAAGUUCAACAGAAUAAUGCAAUCGGAAAUCUAGAGUGUUUUGUUGAACAUAAAGCUCCUGAAAAUGUGCAGGAAAGCAAGGAGGAGUCUGGACCUUCAAAAGAUACAGAUGAUGUUAAAGUGGAGAUAAAAAAUCAGUCGGAAGAAAAUGACAAUUCUGAUUGUAUUAUAGUGUCUACUCAAGGUUCAGCAUUUGAUUUAACAGAAUUACCUGACAUUGGGCCUACGACUGCUGAUUCUGUAGAAAAAACUAGUGACAAUAAUCUUACGCUGUCAAACUCAAUUGUAUAUGACUAUGAUGAUGAUGAAGAUGAAAAAGUGAGUGACGAGGGUGGGUAUGCUUCUGACUACUCAGAUAAAGAAAAAGAUUACUAUGAAAGUGAAGUGUAUGAUGAAAAGUCUGACUAUGAAGAAUCUGAUGAAGACUGUGCCAUAAGUCCAAGCACUGAGGCUGAUGAAGCUAAAGAACAGUCUAAAAAUGAACAUGUUUUAAAUGACAGUCAUGAAGUGCCUAAAGUAGAUACAGAAUUAAAAAUGUAUGCUGAUAAUGUAAUAGACACAGCUAUGGACUUUGAUAGCUGUAAUGAAAUAUGUGAUGAAGACUUUGAUUCAAAGAGUAACAGUUGUCAUAAUAAAAACAAACAAGAAGAGAAUAGUUAUGAAAACUCUAAAUUGAAAACCAUUCGUUUAGUUGACAAUGUAGUUGACAUGAAAUCUAGUCAUUGUGAUGGUAAAAGUGAUGAUGUGAACACAAUGAGUAAUAGUUGUGAUAAUGAAAUGGAACAUUCAGAGAAAAUUUGUGCUGAAGACACCAGAUCAGAUACUGUAAGUGUUGAAGAAAAAGUAGUAGAAACAUAUGUUGGAACCAAUGGUACACCUAAGAAACAAAUGAUUGAGAGAAAAAGACAUAUUUCAGCCGAAAUUGCCGAAAAUUAUGGAAAUGAAACUGAAAGAAAAAGAAGAUGCACUGGAGAAAAUUCUAACAAGGAGGAGAAGGAAACAACUAGUCACAUGAAUACCUUUAACAAUCUUAAAACUGGAUUAAAGAAAGUCUUAAAAUUGGCAUCGCAUGUAUCAUACAAAAUGAAAAGCAGUUCUAAAGCUAAAGCUGAUGUUUAUUUGACAGACCUGGAAGGCUCAUAUCAACAGAUUGGUAAAGAUGAAGGUGGUGAGGAGUCUUCAAGACAUGAUUUGCCGUCAGACGUUGAUUGCAUUGAACCUGUUAAAGAAACAAUGGAAGUGUUUGAAGUUGGAGAACACAGUCAUUUAGGAGAGCCAGUCCACCAAACAAUAGACCCACAGGAAAUCAAUGAUGAAAAGCUUGUUGAAACUCCCAAAGAUCAGAAUGAUUCAGUAUGCCUAGAUACAAAUGGCAAAUACUCAGAAAAUGAAGUUAUGUCAGAAAGUUUAUGUGAAAAAGAUGAGUCGGUUGAGGACAAAGAUGGCUAUGUUAGCGCUGCAACAAGUAUAGAUACUGAAGAGAACUGUGCAUUAUCAAAUGUAUCACAAGAGAAGGAUGACACUCAUACUGCAACCUGUGUUACUGAGAAUGAAGUAUCCUUUUCUGAUGCAAGUGAAAUGAAAGAGCAAGAAAAGGUAGCCUCUCAUAUUUUUAGAGGUGAAAGUGUGUCAGGGACAGAUGAUGAUGCUGAGACAGAUGACAACAUUUGUGAUGAAUCUGAGAACGAAUUUAGUGCAGCGGAUGAUCAUGAGAAGGAAAGUGCUACUGACAUAUCUAAUACAGCUAUUGACAAAGUUGAAGAUAGUGUUUGCUACACAGACGAUGAUAUGGAUAGUGACAACGAAAUCAUGCAUACCAGUUGGCUGAAACCUGUAUCCGAAACACCUUCCAAAGUCAGAGGAACAGCAGUUGAUCUAGAAGCAACCUUUAUGUCCCCUGUGCUCAAAUGUAUGGAUGCUGAAUGUCAUGGUUCUAAGAAAACACAGUCUCCAGUCAUUGACAGAAUUAGCUCAAAUACACCUAUUAAAGUGAAGAAAAUAGAUUUGGAAGAUACUACAAGUGUUCUUAGUUGUCAAUUUUCUGAUGAUGAGAAUGAUGACAUUCCAACAAACUAUGACUUUGACGAGAUUGAUUUUGAGCCGGGAAGUAAAGAACAAGCCACAAUUGAAAAAGAUCAUGAGCAAAAUAGUGAUAGAACUCCGCAGCAAAAUAAUGAUUCCUGUGAUAGUGAUAUAGAUGGUGGAACUGAAGAAGAAGCUAGUCCCCUUGAUGUGUUGAAUGAUGAUGAUGAUGAUGAGAUCCAACAGCCUCCAGCCAAAGAAAGUAAUAUGGAUGUCGCGUUUGAUUUUUGUGAUACAGAAUCUGAUUCAGAGUUUACAGAGAUUAAGCAAUAUAAUGGUGAUAAGCAAAAUAAGAGUGUAAAACGAAAACUCAUCAGUGAUGAAAGUGAUAAGGAAAUGAGUCAAUCAGUGAAAGCAAUAAGACUUAAUAAUGAGUCUACAGUUAAACAAAGUACACCAAGAAAAACGUCGAGCUUAAAAUCAAUUACAGAAUUUAAAUCUCCACAAUCUAUUGUCAUAACAAGAAAAGACAAAGAACAUCAUAAAUCAUUCGAUUCUCCGAGUGGUUUGUGCACGCAACUGUUGGAUGUCACACAGACAGCGGACCUGGAUGAUCUGUCGAUGACACAAGUCUCAGAGGUCAAGGAACAGCUAAAGGUCAAGGCCAGCGACACAUCAAGACCAAGUUCUUCUCGAAGUAAAGCAAAGGACCUGCUGGAGAAGUUGAGAGCCAAGAUGCAGCUUAAGGAAGAGAGACUGGAAGAUGACUACCCGAGCUCCAGCCCCACCGCAGGGCCGAGUACCGAGAUUGAGAUAUACAACAGGCACCAGACCGAGGCCCAGAGGGAACUGGCAUAUGUGGAUAGGCAUGUAAACAGUUGCAGAACAGUGAUCUCUGAGUUGAAGGAAAUGUUUGACGGACAGCCAACCCUGCACAGCCAUCCCAGAGUGCAGGCAUGGAGGCAAGAGCUUGCUGACGUUGAGAAGAGACUGACGUUCCCGAAGACGGUGAUAGCUGUGGUUGGGAACACUGGGGCGGGAAAGUCCAGUCUGAUGAACGCAGUUCUUGACCACCGCAGUGUCCUGCCCACCUCGGGCAUGCGGGCGUGUACAGCUGUCGUGGUAGAGGUUGUCCAGAAUACAACUAGCAACAGUUUCGAGGCAGACAUUGAGUUCCUGCAAAGAAAGGAAUGGUUCGAUGAGCUACAGAUUCUGCUGAAAGAUCUCACAGGGCUAGACGGCAAAAUCAAGAAGAAUGUGCCUGACCCAGCGUCAGAUGCGUACGUCUCCUACUGCAAGGUGAAGGCUGUUUAUGGAAGGAUUGACUCCUUUGAGAUCCUGUCCAGAAUCAUCACGGUGACCAACUGGCUUGGCAGGGUCAGGGUGAUCAAGGCAAAUAAUCCUGAAGCAUUUCGCCGCCAAGUUGAGAAGUACAUAGAGACUCAGGACCCCGGUGCUGGAGGUCAAUAUUGGCCGAUAGUGAAGCAUGUACGACUACGAAUGCCCAAGUGUGAUGUGUGCAGUAGUGGGGCCGCGCUGGUUGAUCUGCCGGGGGUGAGGGACUCGAACGCUGCCAGGGAUAAGAUUGCAAGAGAGUACCUGAAGAACUGCACGGCAGUUUGGGUUGUGUCCAGUAUCCACAGAGCAAUCGAUGACAAGACGGCCAAAGACUUGCUUGGGGAGAAUUUCAGGCGUCAGUUGCUUAUGGAUGGACAGUACGGGAGUAUCGCCUUCAUAUGCACCAAGACUGAUGUCAUCACGCCCUCAGAAAUCAUAAGGUCACUGAAGCUUGAAGAGAAAACUAAAGAAUAUGAAGAUAAAGUCGAAACCAUGGAGGCAGAAAAGGUUGACCUUGACCUUAAGAUUGCUAACGGCAACAAUGAGGUGCGGGGACUGAAAAAGAGUAUUGCGGCACUGACCACUGAGGCCAAGGAACUUAGGCUCAAUCUGGCUGAGAUUGGCUCCCUGCUUGAACCAGCAGAAGAAGAACAGACUGAGGAGCAUGAGGCCCUACAGGAGUAUGAGGAAGAGUUGAAAAGCAAGGAGGCCCUGAUAGGGGAACACAAGGCUCGGAUGGAGGAACUGCUUGACCAGAAACAGGAGGCCAGUCAGAAGAUAUUGUCCCUGGAUAAGACACUAAACAUCGAGAGGAAGAUGAUAGCCGCCAUCUGUGCUCUGGCCAGGAACGACUACUCUCGCUCACAAAUCAAACGUGACUUCAAGGCAGGAUUACGAGAGAUGAAGCGUCGUGCGGGGAUGUUGGUCACCGACGACCCAGAGGAGGAGGAGGAUCUGUAUGAUGAUGACAGCGGUGACGAUGAUGAUGACAUUGGCAGCACUGCUGACAACCUACGGGUGUUCUGCUGCAGCUCCACUGAGUAUCAGAAGAUGAGAAACCUGCUCAAGGACGAUGGGCCUCCACAGGUGUUCAGUGACUUGACGGACACCCAGAUCCCAGCCCUGCGAAACUACGUACAUGAGAUGACGAGCAUACGGCAGCGUCAAUCUGUGGAUAGACUCAUACACAACCUCGGCAGGGUCGUGUUUGACAUGCAUAUCUACACCUCAGAGGGGGAAAAUACAUGUGCAAGAGGUGGGCAAGAUGCCAGGUAUGCCAUAGAGAAUGAGCUGAAGAGGCUUGACACCAACCUGGGUCCCGUUUUACAGAAGUUGUCUGCCGACAUAGACGGGAUAUUUGACGGCAGUGUGAGACCAAAGAUGGAGGAGGGAGCGUCCACUGCCUCUGCGGAGGCUAACAAUACAUGUGCCAAGUGGGGCGCGCCAUUCAUCCGAGAUAAAACAAAGGACAGGCGUGAAGGAGGUCUUCAUUUUAUGACUUACAAAGCCACCACCCGUCGGAAUGGAGUGUAUACCUCACCCACAUUUGGACCAGUUGAUUUCAAUGAGGACCUUGCUGAACCUAUGUAUCGGAGCAUGACCAUUGUCUGGGACAGGGCAUUCAGUGGGAUGCUGUGGCGGGUGAUGGAGGGACUGAAGACUGACCUCAUGGCCCUUAUACAGGACUUCACUGAUGGACUACAGAGGCAGCUUGAGUUACUUGGGAUUGCUGCCAUCCGGACUGACCGCCUCGCUAAGCAGGUCAUGGGCUCUGCGCAGAAUAAGCUGACCGAGAUGGUUAGUUACCUGAAGGACAUUGUCACCACUCGGCAGCGGGACAUUUCCCGCAUUGUGACGCCACACAUCCAGACAAAGAUGCUUGACGAGUAUGGGCAGUGUGCAGCUGAGUCUGGGAGCGGGAUGUUUGUCCGUAUGAAGACGUACAUGGCCCAGGGUAUCGACAACAAGCGAGCCUCCAUGUUUGAUGAGGCCACACAUAUGCUCAUGGAACAGCUGAUGGAUCUGCAGACGGAGCUAGUUCAGUAUGUGAAGGGUGUGGUAGCCAGUCUCAUUACAGACUUGAGGCGGGCUUUCGAGCCCCUUUGGGAGGAUCCUUCUAACUCCUAUGUUGUGCGACAAGCAUUUGCAAAAGCUCUUGAUGAGUUCACAGACAAAAUGCGAGUUAUUUACCGAGAAGCUGGUAUCCAGAACACAGAUGAGAGGCACAUAAUCCCUGCCCCCACACAGAGACAACCUGGUGGUGCUGCCCAGGGGUCCGGCAGUGUUACCUGUGUGGCUGGCGUAACAGGGGAUUUCACAGUUACUAGGCAACCAGAGUGGCAGACAUUCUCGAAGACCAUUUACAAGAAGGAAGACACUUCUUAUGGUAGUCAUGAGCGAUAUGGCGAGAUGGGUGUGCGUGUGAAGACUGAGCUUGUUAGCAACAACUGUCUCAAGGAAACCAUGGAAACUGUUUCCCGUGUCCACACACUCCACAUUAAACAGGAGAAACAGACAGCAGACACAUCAAGCACUGAUGCAUCUCUAAUGACAUUUGGACAACAGACUCUGAAUGACCUUCAUCAGGGUCGUCUGGAAGUCAGCCCCAUGGAUGUAGUUGUCAAAUCUAGCCCUGCAGCCAAGUCACUCCUACAUUAUAAGACAGUAUCUCAUGCAGCAGCCACAUUUUCAGGACCACCAGCAAAUGUAAUACCAACAAUAAUUCCUGAUCAAUUAUGUAAUCCAGUAAACAUAGGGGACAGAUUUCAUGUAGACCAGAACACUGGACAAAUGACUGUAUUGAAUCAGAAUACAAACAUUGUAAGUGGGCCUGGCAGUAAUGCAGGCUCCGGUGUGAUUAAGAUUACUCAGGUGUAUGGAAAAGUACCAGGUGCUAUGUCAAGUAUUCCUGUUGUAAAUAAAUCAAAACCUGGUGUAAAUAGCAUACAGCAACAGACCAAUAGUAAUCCUGGUAAACAGAAGUAUGGUAUCUUAUACAAGCUUCCAAAUGGACAACAGAUAAUUGUGCCCUGCAGUGUGGGCACUGGUCACACAGGUACAACUUUUGCACAUACUGCCCCUUUACAAGACAAGGAAAACACAACUGCCAAUGCGGGCUCACAGACAUUUUGUAUUAAAGGUACCAAUCCUUCAUUGCAGAAGUCAAUAGGGAAGGAAAAUCACAGCGCAUACAACCAGGCUAAGGUCAUCUUAGUUCCGUCUGGUAAAGCCCCAUCUAGUCACAUUGCCAGCCUGCAGACUUCUCGUGAACAAGUACCAAGCCUUUUCUCAACUGGGAGAUCACAAUCUACUAACAUGUACUGUACCGAGCCUGCUCCGAGUGGAGGGAAAGGCAAGGGACCAGGGAAGGGGAAAGGGACGAUGAGCAGCCUGUUGCUCUCCAAGAUGACCACGCCCAUACAAACUACACCAACUGUCACUGUGAAAACAGAACCACCAGACACAGGAUACUCUGCAAGGCUCAAAAGAGCAAAUAAGUAUCUUUAUAUAGAUUUGACAGAGGAUGAUUGAACUAGUCGCAGAAGAAAAAAGCAUGAUUUGUGACACAGGCAUGACUGAUCAUUGAAUGUAACAGCAUUAACAAUAUGGCACGUGAAUUAUCAUAAAAUAUAUGGAAUAGACACUAAUAAUAUACGAUGUAAAUGUAGUAUGUGUGUGAUUAUUGAAUGCUUGUGAUACUACAGACUACGGUGAUAUGUGGCUGCUGUGCACGAGCCAGAUGGAUUAUGUCAGACUGUAAAUGCAUUGUUUGUGCCUUGUGGUCGGACAAUCUAUUACAAUUUGAAGCAUGACAAGCAAUAGCAGUUUUUAUAGGCAACACGGCGUUGUAGCUUGAUGAGUCUGCAAACAGAAUUGCCAUAUCCACUGUAUACAUGACCUGUUCAGAGUCAAAUUAUGCAAUACAUUUAAGUUUAUUGUAGUGGUUUAAUGUGUAUAUAUUUGUGUUCAUAAUAAUAUGAUUCCAAAAUCAAGAGAAUUUCAUAAAUUAACAUUUCUUUUUUCGUGAUGUUCAUUUUUAUAUUUUUAUGAAUCUGUUUGCUAGUCAUGUUGUGAUUUUUAUGAAAUAUAUUUUUUUCCAUGUAUAUGGAAGCAAGAAAUGUUUUUCAAGUUCUUUUAAGUGAGAAGGUUUUUCUUGUGUGUAAUGCCUCAGCAAUACAGGGCUUUCUUUACGCAUAUUUUUGGACUGAUAUGAGGCCCUAUUUCCAAGCUAUGGAAUACAUUUUUUCCCAAAAUUUUGGUUGAAACUCCUCUCCUAUUUUGCCAUAUUUGUUUAACUUAAAUGUUAAAUUAGAUAUAUUAUUAUAGAACUUUUAACAGAAUAUUGAUUAGUUUUAGUUUUUGUCCAUUUUAAUUUCAGUAUUAAACUUUUUAAAAAGUUUAUAACCAGUUAAAUCAGUUUUAUUUUACUUAAGAAUUAGUUCUGAAAACUGUUAAAAAUAUUUUUAACUUGUAUUUCACCACAGUUUGUUUACUUUUCAAGUUUGAUUUGUUGUUCAUUUUGUUCUUUAAACUUCGCUUGGUUUGUGGGCUCAAUUUGGUUGAGAUUAUUUGCUGCUUUACCACCAAAUAUAUACACUAUGUUGUAUAUCAAACAUGUACAUGUUAUACCUAUAGGGGUUUGUUGAAAUUUGCCAGUUAAAUGAUUUCUCUACUUGCUAAAAUUCUGGAUUUAAUAUUCAGGCCCCAAUACAUACUUGAAUUUGUUUACUGAAAAAUGUUUUUUUGUGAUAAUCAUAACGAUAAUUCCAUUUUAACGUCUAAGAAUUCUUUUAGAAGUAAUAUUACACAUAUUAUAGAAAAACAAAAUUAGUGAGCUUAGCUUAAUCAUGUUAUAAGGGAAGAAAUCGGAGCCAGGGUUUUAAUAAAAAAUGAUUGUUAUUCCAUUUAAAGCACUUGUGUAAGAUUUUGAGCUUGUUCAUCUAUAAGUCCUAUUACUAUCACUUAUAUAUUUGUAUGAAAAUGUUUAUUUUUUUAAAUAUUAAAAUAGGCAUUGCAUUUUUCACAAGUGGCUUUCAUAAAAAGUAUCAAGUCUGUCAUAAAAGACCAAUUGAAAAUAUACAGAAAUUCAUUUAAAUUAUUUUUUUGGAAAUUGAAAAAAAGAUUUUUGAGACCAUAAUGAUAUUCUGCACAAAUUAAGGGUAAUUAAUUUAAAUCCAUUGUAUUGUUAAGAUUAUGCCAGUGGAAAUAGAUGAUUUAUUUAUUUUGCUUUUUUAGUUUUUAGCCAAUUUUCUGCACAAAUCAAUCACAAUGCUUUUUUUUAAAUAUUUACUCUGGUUUAAAAAAAGGUAUUUUAAAUUAACAUUAAAUUCUGCUAUUAAAUUCUGGGAGGUUAUAAGACGAAAUUAUUUUUUGAAAAUAAAUGUUAUUUUUUACAAAAUCAUUGAUGUCAUCAGUUUUGCUUAAAAAAUCCACUUUCGUAGUUAAUACAUGCAUACAAAUGUACAUGUAUACUGUUCAAUUUCUGUUGACUUUCUCACUCACUUGUUUAAUUUAGUAGCCUAGACAUGUUUGUUACUAUACACAAAUGAUUGUUUAUUUUGAUAUAAAACAUAUUGAUGA